ACUAAUCGUCACUCACGACCAUCGCAACAUGGUCGAUUAAGAAGCAAAAUUAUUUGUUCAGCAAUAUAAACUGAUAAGCGACAAAGAUAAGCGAUUCGACGUGACGUGACGGGACAGCGGAUUAUUGUAUCUUGCUGCUCCCACUCCGAAUUACCUUAGCCCCGCGUUCGCAGAGUCUACACAGUAGAGAAACCAGUUCUCGUUCGUACGCGUAAGAUCGAGGUGUCUCGCGAGCGUUCGUUCGUUUAACAGCUAUAUCUGUUUAUGUCCACGUGUCGGUAACCGAAUUCCAGAAGCGGAAAGUCCACCAGUAAACCUAUUCUGUAACUUCUAAACAACAGUGUGUCGUUAUCGCGUUACGUUGUCGCGGACAUGAUAUAUGUAAAACUUACGUAUACGCAACUAUUUCAAGAGUAAGGGCCCAGAUCCGUAGCCUUCGAAGUGCAGAGACCGACGAAUCAGAAAUUGGGAAAGUCGCGCCAAUGAGACGGACACUCGCGGCAGUAAUGGCAGCCGCUCGUUGAACGCGCACCGGAACGUUCACUGGAUCGUUGUGCAACCGUCGCGUUUUCCAAGGACGCCAGUUGUUUACGAAAUUCCACGUGAGGUCGAGCGAGAGGCCGUUCGUCCUGCUCCGCGCGCGCUGCUUCACUAUAUUGUGUGUAAAUCGAGAUAAGACCGAAACUUUCAGCGACGUGCACGUACACGUGGACACGGCGAAACGACAGUUGCACUUCCACGUAGAAUGAUGUUCGGCAGGCUGAGUACGCGCCUACAAAACACCGGAAGAAAGCUGCUCGACGCUCCCGCCAUCGAUUUCAAACAUGCCAGAACGCACUUCACGUACUUUCCGAGUGAGAAGCCGAAAAACACCGGUGAGACUCAAAAGCUGAAUAUGUUUCAAGCCAUAAAUCACGGACUCUCUCUCGCGAUGGAAAAGGAAUCCCGCACAGUGGUAUUUGGCGAGGACGUCGCAUUUGGAGGUGUUUUUCGUUGCAGUAUGGAUUUAAGGAAACGCUUCGGCAGUGAUCGUGUGUUUAAUACUCCUCUCUGCGAACAAGGCAUAGUCGGUUUUGCGAUUGGCUUAGCCAACGCUGGAGUAUCGGCGAUCGCCGAGAUACAAUUCGCGGAUUAUAUUUUCCCAGCCUUUGACCAGUUGGUAAAUGAAGCGGCGAAGGUGCGAUAUCGAAGCGGCAACAUGUUCAACUGCGGCAAACUUACGGUUCGUGCACCCUGCGGAGCCGUCGGCCACGGCGGUCUUUAUCAUUCGCAAAGCCCGGAGGCUUAUUUCGCGCAUACUCCUGGCCUGAAGAUUGUCGUACCUCGCGGAGCUGUGCAUGCGAAAGGAUUGCUGCUGAGCUGUAUAGAUGAGCCGGAUCCGUGCAUUAUAUUCGAACCCAAGGCUCUAUAUCGCAAGGCGGUCGAUGAAGUGCCCGUGGAACACUACAAGAUUGAAAUCGGCAAGGCUGAGGUCGUGAGAGAAGGUAACGCGGUGACACUAGUGGGCUGGGGCACUCAGGUGCACGUACUGCUGGAGGUGGCCGACCUGGUGCAGGAGAAGCUCGGCGUGUCCUGCGAGGUGAUAGACCUCGUCAGCAUCUUACCUUGGGACGCGGAACUCGUCUGCAAGUCGGUGAAGAAAACCGGACGCGCCAUCAUCGCCCACGAGGCGCCAAUGACGAACGGAUUCGGGGCAGAGGUGACCGCGACCGUGCAGGCGGAAUGCUUCUUGUACUUGGAGGCGCCGGUUCAGAGGGUAACCGGAUGGGACUGUCCUUUCCCGCACGUCCUGGAGCCGUUCUACCUGCCGGACAAAUGGCGUUGCUUCGCCGCCGUGCGGGAUAUCCUCAAGUACUGAAGUUACGGCGAAGGGAUUAGCAGCCGCGUUGGAAGACGAAGGAAACCUGUUGCCCGUACCGAUCCACUCACGGGAAAGCGCAACGUUUUCCGCGUUAUUAAUUUCUUUUUAUACCUCUUGUAUACGCGUGCCAUUCGCUGUAGUUAAGUAUCCUCUCGCACGCUCGGGAGAUGCCUUCUGAAAUAAGACGCAUGCAAUCGUUAAUUGAAUGUCCUUAUGGGUGAAAUUAAUUAAUUAACCGGUGUACAAAGCUCGAUUUCAUGCCAUACAAAUAAAAUAUUUUACGUUAAGAAGGUGCAAUAAAUAUCGUGCCGAUUUACUGUGUACUCGUAAUAAUUAAGUUAAUCACUGAGAAGUGUACCAAAGAGUACUGUGUAAAAGAGAAAUGUGAUUUUGGAAAUUUUGUCAAUACAAUCAUUUUCUUUUUGCGGUAUGACAAAAUUUCAAGAUAUAUCGUUGGGAAAGUAUUCUCGACGUGCGACUGUCUUUAUAAUAAUUAAGAGUUAAUUGUCGAAAGGUAAAACGACUACAGAAAUGUUAUCAAUACAAUUGUUUUCCUCUUUCAAAUAAGACAAAAUUUCCAAAUAUUUUAUUAGGAAAGUGUGUAUUUUUGACGCACGAUUGUAUUUUUAUAAUCAAGUUAAUUGGCGGAAAGUACAGAAGUAAGAGAUGACUAUAGAGAUUUCGUCGAUAUAGCUAUUUUCUUUUUGCAAUAUGGCAACGUUCCGAAAUGUAUUAUUAGAAAGAUGUCGCGUACAUAUGCGCGGCUGUGUUUUCAUAACAACGUGUUCUUUAUCGUUAAUAGAUAAAUGAGGGAACCUGGAUAGUUUGCCUAGCACACACUUUGCGUGCGUGCGUGUACAGACCCGCGUCCCUGACCCAGUUCAUCGUGCAGCCCACAUAAAUCCUUUCCUGUCUAAAUUAAUAACGUGAAAGAUGAUACAAAUCGUCGCCGGCGGCGAUACCGUGUCCGUUCGACGAACACGUCGGGACGGAUAUAUUCAGUCGGGAUGGAUCUCGCCUGGGUGUAAUUUUUUUCUUUUUUGUUUCGCCGAUAAUCUGGGUCAAGUCCUUCCUUAGUAAUAAAACUGUGCGCCGAUUGUGUGCGCCCCCCUGUGGCAAUAUAAUAUCUCAAUCAAG